CGUUCACCUGCUUGCGAGUAUGCCGUGUGCGGUGAAAACAACUGCCAAAGUAAGCCUUAGUUUUGCGAAGUUACGUUGAGAGUGUUUUUGUGACGGUUUUGGUGUCGUUCUUCAAGUGUUUACAAACUAUUUAUUUUGUUUACGUCUUCUACUGAUAAGAUUACUGUUUCCACGUGACUUACGGAUGAUGCUUCCUCUGCGAUGAUAAACUGGAGACUUCCGGAUUGACUUUGAAUAACUUCAAAAAUGCACCUCAACGGCGACUCUAUGGAAUCUCCAGAUGAAAGCCAUGAAAUGCUCGAAGCCGAAAACCGCGGAGUUAGCGGCCGCGUCGCCGACCUCGAGCGCAAGGUUCUCGAGCAGGGCGACGAGCUGGUAUGCCUCAAGGCUACUCUAGCCGAGGCGCUGCGACGGCUCAGCACGCUCGAGGGCCUAAGGACUAGUCAGAUCCCGUCGACGCCGACGACGCCCAUCAGGAUAAAUGGAGUUUCGAGAGGCGAGUUCAAACAACGGCACGUCAGUUAUUCUGCUUCGAAGGUGGAGAGCACCCGACGGGUGUUCACUGGGUCGUCUCUACCGCAGAGGAGGGCGGUUCAUUAUCAGUCGACAGGAAGCCUCCACAGCGACAGUCAAAGUUCAAGUAGUGUAAGUCCAAUCCCUUCUCCUUCUCCGAGAGCUACGCCACUGCCAUUGAACGGUAGAAGGACUGUAAAUAGUAACGCCUCCAGCCCCACGAUACCUAACGGAUCGGCUCUACAUAAAAGGUGGAGCUCUACAGGGGAUUUCAAUCAAGUGGGCCAAAAUGGAAUGCAGUCGAAGUUCACAGCGAAAUCAUUCCUUAAUUUAUACACGAAGUUGAAUAACACCUCCCAGCCGAAUUAUAAGCAUGGGACAAAAGACGCCACGUAUAAUGAAGAAGACAAGACGCUCAAGAUGUUCCUCAGAGGGAGGCCCAUCAUUCUGUACGCCCCCACCGAUCUGGGAGAAAACUACGAGAUCACCAAAGUAUGUACAGCCCCUUCCCGCAGACUGAAACUCGACUGGGUAUACGGGUAUCGAGGUAGAGACUGCAGGUCCAACCUAUACUUUCUGCCUACGGGGGAGAUGAUUUACUUCGUUGCUGGCGUCGUGGUUUUGUACAAUGUAGAAGACCAGAAUCAGAGGCAUUAUGUGGAGCAUACUGAUGACGUUAAGAGUUUAGCUAUCCACCCUAACAAAAUGUUGAUUGCCACAGGUCAAUGUGCUGGUCACGAUAGAAGAGACGCAAGGCCUCACAUUAGAGUAUGGAAUUCCGUAUCGCUACAUACCCAAGCUGUCAUAGGAAUGAAUGACUUCGAUGUGUCUGUAUGCUGUUUGUCAUUUAGUAAAGCUGAUGGAGGAUCCCUAUUAUUAGCUAUCGAUGAAGCCACUGACCACAAUAUUUCUGUGUGGGAUUGGCAGAAAGGAGAUAAUGGUUACAAAAUUACGGAAACUAAGUGCUCCGUUGACACCAUCGUUUCAGCAGAAUUUCAUCCAUUGGAUCGCAACACUAUUGUCACCUGUGGCAAAUCUCAUAUAGGAUUCUGGUCAUUAGACCCCAAUGGAACAUUGUACAAGCGAAUGGGAAUUUUUGAAACUCGCGAGAAGCCUAAAUAUGUCACGUGCAUCGACUUUUUGCAGACAGGAGAGACUAUCACUGGAGAUUCGAAUGGAAAUCUAGCUGUUUGGGGUAGAGGUACAAACACCAUUUGCAAAUUUGUGAAGAACGUACAUGAGGGAUCCAUAUUUUCCAUUUGUGUGCUGAAAGAUGGAAGUGUGGUGACGGGAGGAGGUAAAGAUGGAAGAAUUGUGCAGUUUGGCUCUAAUCUUAGUUCAACCGGAGUUUUUAGUCAGAUUGAAGGUCACUACGGAGGCAUCCGAGUUGUCUCUGAAGGUAGUGGUUCUCAGCUUCUGGUAGGUACCACUCGUAACUGUAUCUUGAACGGUACCUUCGAACUGGGAUUCCAACCCAUCAUUCUAGGGCACACAGACGAACUUUGGGGAUUGGCAUCUCAUCCGAAUGUACCUCAGUUUGCAACUGCUGGUUUUGACAAGGUACUUCAACUGUGGGAUUCGAUGUCGCAUAGCAUUUUGUGGAGUAAAGAUAUUGGGGAACCAGCUCAAAGCGUUGCAUAUUCCCCAGAUGGUGGAUGUGUUCUGGUCGGUUGUCUAACUGGUAAAUGGAUGAUCUUCGAUGCUCAAACCCGUGAGCUUCUAGCUCAACACACUGAUGGCAACGAGCCCAUUCAAGUCAUCAGUUUUUCCCCGGAUGGGUCAUUAGUAGCGCUGGGAUCGCGUGAUAAUCAAAUCUACAUUUAUCAAGUGUCAGAAGAUGGUACUAAAUACGGCAGAGUUGGCAGAUGUACAGGUCAUUCAAGUUUCAUUACUCAUUUGGAUUGGGCUAGCGACAGUCAAACUUUGAGGAGUAACUCUGGCGAUUAUGAGUUGUUAUUUUGGAAUGCAGGAACGUGUCGUCAGAUUCCGCAGAGUAGUAUAGUACGAGAUGUUGAGUGGGCCACUAACAAUUGCACUAUCACCUUCACAACUGUUGGAAUUUGGCCAGAGACAGCAGAUGGAACAGACGUAAACUAUUGUGACCGUAGCCACAGUUCGGAAUUGAUGGUCACUGGAGAUGAUUUUGGACGGGUCAAGCUAUAUAAUUACCCAGUUUCGCAGACCAAGUCCUUGUGCCAUAGCUACGGUGGACAUAGCAGUCAUGUCACGGCUGUCAAUUUCUUACAUGAUGAUACAAGGGUAGUAUCAAUUGGGGGUAAAGACACUGCCGUUCUUCAAUGGACAGUCUCCUAGGACCAAUUCCCAAACCGUCCAAGAGUAUUAUGAGAUUUUUAGAUGUGUUGUUAAACUAGAUGCAAGGCAAUGACUAUUAAAGACAAAUGUUUUGGAUGUUAUUCAGUUGUUAUUUAUAGAGCCAUGUAUCUGGUUAAAUUGGUGGCCUUUGACUAACUUCAGUACUUUUUUGAGAACAGUUCAAAGUUUUACUCUUCUGGCACUUUUGGAAGUUUCUUAGGUUGUAAUUUUUGUGCCACAUUCCUCUGGAAUAUUUAUUUUGUAUUUAGGAUUUCCAGUUUGAUCCUAUUCCAUAUUUUUUUAUUAGUGGUUUCCACACAAUUUACGAGAUUUCUCGGAUAUUUUAUCUUAUAUAUUUGUAUAUGUGUGAUAAUAAACUAUUAUAUGAUA